AGUUUCAUUUCAGCAGUACAAUGAGUUGGUCUACGUCAUGAUCUGUCCGUUAUGACAUGGAAGAGACACGAGAUUAGUGUUGGUGAAAGUACAUGUGAAGAAGUAUCAAAGUUAUCCGAGAUAAACUUAUUCCGGGCUCCACUGUAAUGGAAAUAAAUAUUUGCUUAUAUGUGUUGUAGAAUUUUAAAUUCCAGUUCACUAGUUCAGUGCACUAGGACAAAAAUUUCACGGUAAAAUAAAAUAAAAUGGGUGUCGAAAGCAUUUUAACAGGAGGUUUGACUUCAGCCACCAGCGGGCUGUCAUGGUUCUUUCCGAUUCUUGCUGCAGCGCUUGUCUACUUCCAAUACGAAGCUUUAGAUAAUGAAGCGUCGCCAAUCGACAUGCCAUCGGAAGUUUUACUGCCUACGUAUCAUUUCAUAGUGGUUGGUGGUGGUAGUGCAGGAGCUGUGGUUGCGAGCCGUCUAUCUGAAAUUAGCGAUUGGAAUGUAUUAUUGCUGGAAGCGGGCGGGGACGAAACUGAGAUCUCUGAUGUGCCGUUACUUGCUGGAUAUUUGCAGCUGACCCAGCUUGAUUGGCAAUAUAAAACCGAACCACAGGGCGAUGCCUGUUUAGCAAUGGAAAAUUAUCGUUGCAAUUGGCCGAGAGGAAAAGUAAUUGGCGGCUCAUCCGUGCUCAAUUACAUGCUCUACAUUCGAGGAAAUUGGCGGGACUAUGACAUUUGGGAGCAGCAAGGCUGUACUGGCUGGGGUUCGCGCGACGUUUUGUCGUAUUUUAAAAAAUCCGAGGACAACAAGAAUCCUUAUUUGAUUCGCACUCCGUAUCACGCGAGUGGUGGACACUUAACAGUGCAAGAAGCACCAUGGCACACACCUCUGGCGGCAGCAUUUGUGCAAGCCGGACAGGAGAUGGGCUACGAAAAUCGAGAUAUUAAUGGAAAGUAUCAGACCGGCUUUAUGAUAGCUCAAGGCACCAUCAGACGUGGUAGUCGCUGUUCAAGUGCAAAAGCGUUCCUUAGACCGGCUAGACUCAGGAAAAAUUUACACGUCGCGAUGCACACGCACGUGACCAAAGUGCUGGUGCAUCCCGAAAGCAAACGUACUUAUGGAGUGGAAUUUGUCCGAGACGGGAAAAUUUUUCGUAUACGCGCGAAUAAGGAGGUCAUCUUGUCGUCAGGCGCUGUCAAUUCGCCGCAACUUUUGAUGCUAUCUGGAAUCGGCCCAAAGGAACAUUUGCAGGAGCUCGGGAUUCCUGUAAUUCAAGAUAGCAGGGUCGGCCAUAAUCUUCAAGAUCACAUUGGAUUAGGCGGCCUUGCGUUCCUGAUCAACCAAGAAAUUUCGAUAAUACAAAAUCGGUUGCAAAAUAUACAGACAGCAAUGCAAUACGCUGUACUGGGUGACGGACCUCUCACUGUUUUGGGAGGUGUUGAAGGCGUCGCUUUUGUUAACACCAAGUACACGAACGCCUCGUUGAACUUUCCCGAUAUCGAGCUGCAUUUCGUCUCUGGCUCGACUAAUUCGGAUAGCGGUGUGCAAAUCAGAAAGAUUCAUGGAUUAACAAAGAAAUUUUAUGACACGGUUUUCGGGCCUAUAAGCGACAAAGAUACGUGGAGCGUGAUUCCUAUGUUGUUGCGACCAAAGAGUCGCGGCAUGAUCAAACUACGUAGCAAGAAUCCAUUUGAUCAUCCCCUGAUUUAUCCAAAUUAUUUCAAGGAACCGGAAGACAUGGCGACAUUAGUCGAAGGAGUGAAGAUCAGCGUCGCCCUGAGUAGGACCAAAGCUUUCAAACGUUUCGGAAGCGAAUUAAACUCGCAGCAAUUUCCAGGAUGUAAACACAUUGCUAUGUUUACGGAUGAAUAUUGGGAAUGCAUGAUCAGGUAUUACAGCGUAACAAUUUAUCACCCUGUUGGCACCUGCAAAAUGGGACCUUAUUCGGAUCCCGAGGCCGUUGUCGACCCACAGCUCAGGGUCUACGGUGUAGCUGGACUUCGCGUGAUCGAUGCGUCGAUAAUGCCGAAUAUUGUGAGCGGAAACACAAACGCGCCAACAAUCAUGAUCGCCGAGAAAGGUGCUGACAUGAUUAAAGAAUAUUGGUUGAAACAGAAGGAUAUGUCUAAGAGUGUUUAAUAAACGUUAAAGUAUCUUGAGAUUAUAUUUAAAGCUGUAUAAAGUUAUCAAGGUAAUGAAAACGUUGAAGAAGUCAGUAAGAUAUAUAUCCGCAAUAAAAAUAUG